AUGAGCGACACCGAUAAGAAGACCGACGGUCCUCCGCCCAGCUCCGCCUCUGCCUUCGACUACCGCGCUCUGCCUGACUGGGACGAUGACUUCUACGAUGAAGAGGGCAUGAUCGCGUUUGCGUCCGCGCUGUCAGCGCCGGAGAAUCUCGCUGCCUCGCCGUCGGAGGAGGAUCUGCUCAACCCGCAGUCCAAGAAACCCCCGGCUGAGCUGAUCACGGCACUGAAUGACUGGCGUCCCGUGCGACAACGCCAGGUCCGUAGACAUGGGGACAACCGCAAGAGCAAGGUGGGCAAGCGGAAACCGAGGCGAGGGAGAGAUGAGACACGAGAAGGGUGGACCUAUGGCCUAGUGAAAUAUCCUCUGCUGUUCUUCGUCUUCGGCUGGAUCUCCUUCUUGGGCAUCUGCUAUCUGUUCACGCGCUUCUACAUAUAUCUGUACGAGCAGUAUGUGACUUGGAGAGGACAGCGAGACAGGCUGAGGAAGAGGCUGCGAGUGCAGGAGAACUACCAAGACUGGAUCCACGCGGCAAAAGACCUUGAUCGGCAUUUGGGCAAUGACAACUGGAAGGCCGACGAUGAGGGUAGCUACUACGACUGGAAGACCUUGAGGUCGAUUGUCAGAAACCUGCGAAAGCUGCGUGCCGAAGCACAAAAAGACGAGGCUGAUUCCGACCAUCGGAACGGGCGCGGAGGCAGAAGAGCCAUCGAUGAGCUGCGUGCUACUCUGGAGACAUGCGUAAAGGCCAAUUUCGCAGGCAUAGAGAACCCGCGUCUAUACUCGGAGACGUACUACGGGACGAAGAACUUGCUCCAGACGUACGUUGACGAAACUGCAGAGUCGCUGACGUUUCUGUUCUCAAGCGACCAGCUCACACAUGCUGACAAGCGCACCUUGUCGAAACACCUUUCCGCCAACCUCGGACGAACAGCACUUUGCCUGAGUGGUGGUGCCACAUUCGCCUACUACCACUUCGGUAUCGCCAAGGCUGUUCUGGACGCAGGCCUCCUCCCGAAUGUCAUCACUGGCACUUCAGGUGGUGCUUUGGUGGCUGCACUACUCGGAACGAGGACGGAUGAAGAGCUGAAGAAGCUCUUGGUGCCCGCCGUUGCGUUCAGGAUCACUGCUUGCCACGACCCUUUCCGUGUAUGGUUCUGGCGCUGGUGGCGGACAGGUGCACGAUUUGACUCUGUCGACUGGGCAAAGCGAUGCGCAUGGUUCUGUCGUGGCAGUCUCACAUUCCGCGAAGCGUACGAGCGCACAGGACGCAUCCUCAACGUAUCUUGCGUGCCUUCCGACCCGCACUCCCCGACUAUUUUGGCCAACUACCUGACUGCUCCAGACUGUGUAGUGUGGUCUGCAGUCCUGGCAUCGGCUGCUGUGCCCGGCAUCUUGAACCCUGUCGUACUAAUGCGCAAGACUAGAGAUGGCAAGCUGGAACCAUACAGCUUCGGUCACAAGUGGAAAGACGGAUCCUUGCGAACGGACAUCCCACUGAAGAGCUUGAACCUCCACUUCAACGUCAAUUUCUCCAUCGUUUCACAAGUCAAUCCACACGUCUCCCUGUGGUUCUUCUCGUCGCGUGGCACAAUUGGACGACCCGUUACGCACCGCCGUGGCCGCGGCUGGCGCGGAGGGUUUCUCGGGUCAGCGAUUGAGCAGUUUAUCAAGCUUGAUCUCAACAAGUGGCUGAAAGUCCUGCGGCAUCUGGAGCUUCUACCGCGACCACUAGGUCAGGAUUGGAGCGAAGUCUUCUUGCAACGCUUCUCGGGAACAGUGACCAUCUGGCCAAAGACGAAGGUCAGCGAUUUCUGGCACAUUUUGUCAGAUCCAUCAAUGCAACGACUGGCGGGCAUGAUUCGCGCUGGGCAGUUGGCGGCUUGGCCGAAACUGAAGUUCAUUAGCAAUCGCAUGGCAAUCGAAAAGGUCAUCGAGGAGGCGAGAGAGGCGACGCGACCUCCUGAACAGCCAUUCGCGUCGCCCAUGCCUCGCGAAGGAGGUCGCCUUCGAAGCGUGCUGAGCGAAGAAGAUCUUCAGAGCUUGUUGGAUAAAGCGCGUGAUAACAAUGGUAUCGUCGAGGUUCCUCCAGCACUAUUCUCACCCGCUGUGGAACGCGAGCAGCUAUCAUGGCAGAGACCAUUGCCUCAACGCCAAGAUUCUCCGUCUUUUGCCAAACGCAUGUCUGCCCUCUGGGGAACGUUGCAGACUGAUUCGCCUCGGACCAGCUCCGAGACUGUACGACCCUCACCACGUCAGCUCGUACCUCCGAAUACCCCUGCAGACAACAGGCGUUCUAGUGUUCUGACCAUGGAUGAAUUGGUCCGGCAGAGCAGGGUCUUUUUCGACGAUUAUGCCGAGGAGUCGGAGGCAGCGAGCGAGGUUGACACGUUACUUGACGAAUCUGCAGAGGACGAAGAAGAAGAAGAAGCAGAAGAAGGAGAAGGACUUGUGUCUGAGCGAGGACGUAUCCCGUAG